CGUUACCGGGUUCGUUGACGCUCAGAAACACGUUGAUCUGAGUUUUUCAGUCAAACGGGCACCAACCGAGCGACAGUCAGGAGACUUUACCGUAAUUCCAGGUUGUGUGUGUGUGUGUGUUGCAGCGGCAUGAACCGAGUCGUCGCUGUGCGUGUUGUCGGACCUGAAGGCGGACAUGCUGCUGUUUAAUGUGCCUCAGCUCAGUCAGGAAGGAAGCGACUGCACCGCAAACCUGCACACCUGAGAGAGCCCCUUUUUUUUAAAUUAUUUUUUUAUUUUUAUUUUGCUGCUCUUUUAUUUUUUUGGAAAUGAGAACGACGCUGGUGUUGCUGCAUGUCUUCUUCUCGUGCUGCUGGCUGGUCGGUGGCACACUUUCAAAAACUGAUGCAAAGAAGUCGCACAAAGCUGAAGCUGAGACAUCUCCAGCUGAGCAGUCGGUGCUGGACAGAGGCCUGGUGCUGUCAGACCUGCACUGGAAGGACAUAGUGAAGGAGGAGAAGAGGCACUGUGUCCACAUUAAGAAAACAUUUCAAGGUCCAGUGCUUGGAUAUGUCACACCUUGGAAUUCCCACGGCUAUGACGUUGCCAAGAUGUUUGGCUCCAAACUAACAUCAGUGUCUCCGGUGUGGCUUCAGCUUCGCCGACGAGGACCUGAAACGUUUGAUGUUACGGGACUCCACGAUCACGACCCAGGCUGGGUCAAGGCUGUACGCAAGUCUAACAAAAAAGUCAGGAUGGUGCCUCGGCUGUUGUUUGAUGGUUGGUCCUACCAGGACUAUAUGAGUGUGCUGGGAAGUGAGGAUGAAAUUGAGGAGCUGGGCGGUGAGCUGGUGGAUGUUGCAAAGACUGAGGGUUUCGAUGGCUUCACCUUUGAGCUGUGGAGCCAGCUGGGAGGCAACAAAAGAAAGGAACUGGUCCAUUUAGUAAAACACAUGUGUGAGACUUUGAAAGCUAAAAGAUUGGACUGCAUUCUUGUUAUUCCACCUGCUGUGACAAGUACGGGGCAGCCGGGUAUGUUUGGCAGGGAGGAGUUUGAGCAGUUGGCUCCUGUCGUCGAUGGAUUCAGCCUCAUGACAUACGACUACUCCAGCGGUUCCAGACCAGGCCCGAGCUCUCCCCUGCCCUGGGUGAGAGACUGUAUUCUCCAGCUUGCACCAAACACCCAGUGGAGGCAAAAGAUCUUACUUGGUCUCAAUUUGUAUGGCAUUGAUUUUGCAAGCCAAGGAACAGAACCGAUCCUUGGGGGAAGGUACAUCGACAUUUUGCGAGAACACAGGCCAAAACUCGUCUGGGAUGAAUAUUCUGCAGAGCAUUAUUUCAGCUACAAGAGGAACAAUGCCGUGAAGCAUGUGGUGUACUAUCCAUCACUGAAGUCGAUCUACCAGAGGAUCGCUUUAGCUACUGAACUGGGAACGGGGAUUUCCUUAUGGGAACUGGGACAAGGACUUGAUUAUUUCUAUGAUCUUCUAUGAGAGCCGGACUUGUUGAAGACUGUGGAUAUUGGAUUUUUCUUUUUCAAAGAACUUGGUGGUGAAUACAGGUUUUUAUUUUUUUUUGUAUUUUUCUCUCUGAGCAAUCGAAAUGCACUCUGAAAUGAGCCACUGACAGGGUUUAGUUAAUACACAGCUUGUUUGAGAGUCAUGAAAGUGUUGAGAAAUCUUGUCUAAAUGUACGACGCAGAGGUUUGUUGAUUUAUAACGCUCUUGGAGAAAACGAUAGGUACUUCAGUGUAUUUCUUCUCAUUGUGAAAAAACAUAUAUAAUCCAAUCAGAGUGCAGCAACACAUCUGCAUUCAACAACAAAAGGUGCAUGAUCAUCAUCGGUGUUUAUACAUUUUAAAUGAAAGGGGUUCAUUGUUGUUCAAAGGACUUUGGAGCUCAUGUGCCAUACAUACCUGCAGCAUCUUGUCAGUACUAAGCCAGAAAUCAUCUCUGCUCUCGGAACCAGCUGUGCUCGCUGAAAAGACUCAUCCAUCAUCAAGAAUACAUCUGCUCCUGACACAGUUUGCUCAUUUUUUUUUAAUAUUCAAAUCAAGACAUUAAAUUGUGUGGCUUUUCUUAGUUUUAUAAUAACAACAUUGACAAGUAAUGAAGUUGUAUUUGCAGUUUUGCCAAACAUCUGCUCUGACCCAGCAUCUUCCAAUGUUUGUUCAAGAUAAGUGUUUGUUUACUUACAUGAAUAUAAAUGUGGGACAACCAAGCUGUUGAAA